UGAAUGCAAAUGAGUGCCUGCUGACAAGAAUGCAAGAGAUGUCAUUGGAUUACCAUUUCACAGUGGAGCAAGAAGUUGGGUCUGCUACCCAUGCCUUCUUUGGCUUCAAUGGAACUGCUGGAGUGUGGAGAAUUGCUGCAAUCAAUGAGGCAGGUGGGUGGAAGGACAGGACCACCGUGGAAGACAUGGACCUUGCCGUCCGAGCUAGUCUUAGAGGGUGGAAAUUUGUCUACUUAGGUGACCUGCAGGUAAAAAGUGAGCUUCCUAGUACUUUCAAGGCCUUCCGUUUCCAGCAGCAUCGAUGGUCUUGUGGCCCUGCCAAUCUUUUCCGCAAAAUGGUCAUGGAAAUUGUCAGAAACAAGAAAGUGAAAUUCUGGAAGAAAGUUUAUGUGAUCUACAGUUUCUUCUUUGUCCGGAAGAUCAUUGCCCAUAUGGUUACUUUCUUCUUCUACUGUGUUGUUCUUCCCCUCACCAUUUUGGUUCCUGAAGUGUAUGUACCAAUUUGGGGAGCUGUUUACAUUCCUUCCGUCAUCACCAUUUUGAACUCGGUCGGAACCCCAAGGUCGAUUCACCUUCUGUUCUACUGGAUCCUUUUCGAGAACGUGAUGUCGUUGCACCGCACGAAAGCAGCUCUAAUCGGUUUAUUCGAAGCGGGUCGAGUGAACGAAUGGGUUGUGACUGAAAAGCUAGGAGAUGCUCUGAAGAACAAGGCAGCUGCUGAUGCUGCAAAGAACAAAGCAAACGCCAAAGUUCCCAAAAUUAGACUAAGAUGCAAGUUUGGUGACAGAAUCAACACAUUGGAGCUGGGAUUUGCAGCGUUCUUGUUCUUUUGUGGGUGCUAUGACUUUGUUCAUGGGAAGAACAACUACUUCGUGUACCUUUUUCUUCAGACAUUCAGCUUUCUGAUCACUGGAGUUGGAUAUGUCGGAACCAUCAUCCCAAGCUCUUAAAAAGUGAAGAACACUUCCGUUUAUAUAUAUAUAUAUGAAUAUGGGGUUCUGAGUUGCAUUUGAGAUUCAGCUAAUAAUGUUCUACAGAAGAGAGUAGCGUGCCUAACUUAGAGGAAGAAAGAAAGGAGUUUCACAGGCGAAUAGUUCAGAUAAAAAGCCUGAGAUGUUAUGGAAGGAAAGAUGAAGAAGAAGAAAAUGGGGAAUUGAAUUGCCAAGGGCAUUUUCGUCAUUUAGAUUGUUUUUUUUUUAAUUGUGAAAAUUCUUUUUUUUUUGUAAUUUUCUGGGGUUGUUGGUCAA